GGGAUUUCACAUUUUAUUCCAAAUUAUGAUGUAUUCGGGAGCCAGUGGUGGCGUGGAUGAGCUGACGGAGCCUGGUCGGCGGCGGUUCUGUCCAGAAGCCAGUCUGUGCCUUGGUGUUUGGGGGCUCGUUGUGGGGACGGGCGGCUCCUCCGGGCUGGAAGCUGAGCAGCGCUCGCCGAGGCCCGCGCCUGCAAGCUGGUAGACGCGGGCUUCUGUUCCCGCCACGCUCCGGCUUCGUCCGUUUCUGGGAAAGGGGACCUGAGUAGAUCAAAUAACCCCCAACCCCCAUCCUCUCGGCUCCACGCUGCUCCGACUCGGUUCCUGCGGGAAAGUGCGGCCCUGGGAAUGGGGUUCUGGUUUCGCUUUGGGCUGGAGAUGAGCAGGUGGGGUUCAUGGAGAGAAUGGGGAAAAUCUGAGAUUCUGCCCCACGGACCUGGAUCUGAAGACUCGAUUCCUCUUUUCCGACACAUAUGUCCCGCGGUCAUCCACGCCAGGUCCCGGACGACCCCUCCGCGAUUUGGACGCAGCCCUGGCAAGACCCGGAGUGGCCCGGGUUCCUGAGCCAACCGCGUAGACUUGUGCUUAGAAAACAACCUCGACUACCCUGAACGCGACAGAGCCUGGUUGGAGGACCGCGCAGGACCACACCGCGGCCUAAGUGCUGGCCUCUCAGCGGGAGGUGGGAAAGCAGAGACGUCCACAACCUCGACUUCGACCCCCUCCCUUCUCCGGGGGAGGAGUGGAGAUCCUAUUCAGAGGAGCGCGGCUCUCUAAAUAUGCCCCAGCUGAGCAGAACUGCUGCAGUGUUGAGGAGGAUGACGGAGCGGCCGCCGAGCGAGGCGGCACGCAGUGACCCCCCGUUAGAGGGACCGGACGCGGCCGAUGCCCGCAUGGCCCCCCCGCACCUGGUCUUGCUGAACGGCGUCGCCAAGGAGACGAGCCGCGCGCCCCCCGCGGAGCCCGCAGUCAUCGAGCUGGGCGCGCGCGGCUGCCCGGGGGGCGGCCCCGCCGGUGGGGGCGGCGCCGCGCGAGACUUAAAGGGCCGCGACUCCGCGGCGGCCGACACGCGCCACCGGGUGCCCACCACCGAGCUGUGCAGACCUUCCGGGCCCGCGCCCGCGCCCGCCUCGGCCCCCGCGGAGCUGCCCAGCGAAGGCCGCAUGGUGCAGCUGAGCCCUCCGGCGCUGGCGGCCCCCGUCGCCCCCGGCCGCGCGCUGCUCUACAGCCUCAGCCAACCGCUCGCCUCGCUCGGCAGCGGAUUCUUUGGAGAGCCUGAUGCAUUCCCUAUGUUCACCACCAACAACCGCGUGAAGAGGAGACCCUCCCCUUAUGAGAUGGAGAUUACUGAUGGUCCCCACACCAAAGUUGUGCGGCGCAUCUUCACGAACAGCAGGGAGCGGUGGCGGCAGCAGAAUGUGAAUGGGGCUUUCGCUGAGCUCCGCAAGCUGAUCCCCACGCAUCCCCCAGACAAGAAGCUCAGCAAGAAUGAGAUCCUCCGCCUGGCCAUGAAGUACAUCAACUUCCUGGCCAAGCUGCUCAAUGACCAGGAGGAGGAAGGCACCCAGCGGGCCAAGCCUGGCAAGGACCCCAUGGUGGGGGCUGGUGGAGGUGGGGGCGGGGGUGGGGGCGGCGCGCCCCCUGAUGACCUCCUGCAGGACGUGCUCUCCCCCAACUCCAGCUGUGGCAGCUCCCUGGAUGGGGCAGCCAGCCCGGACAGCUAUACAGAGGAGCCUGCACCUAAGCACACGGCUCGCAGUCUGCAUCCUGCCAUGCUGCCCGCCACUGAUGGAGCCGGCCCUCGGUGAUGGGUCCAGGGCCACCCGGGACAAGCCAGGAAGGUGCCCUUAGACCACUGGGAUGGUGGACAUCAGGGCAGAUAGGGUAGGAAAUGGGCAGCAAUGAACUAGGGCAGUGGACUUGAUGAGCUUUCCUUGAUGCCUGAACUUUGGGAAGCCCUAACUGACCCUGGGGCUGGUUUAUCUGUCUCCUGCACCAGUAGGAGAACAGAAAAACAGAGCAAAGUGGUAGGUACUUUUUAUGAAGAUGGCACGGUCUUCCUCCUUACCCAAAUCCCUAAGACUUCACAAAUAAGAGGCUCAACUGUCCCUGUUUUUGGCCUGGAGUUUGGGAGCCCUGUCUUUGCUGAAACAUGGGGUUGUCAGCUCUCACCUGAGGUAUCCAACAGCCUCUGCCUUGCCUUCAGCCCCUCCCCUGCUGGCUGGGGUGGCUUUUGUGGCCACUUCUGUCCAAACUUAUAGGUACCCAAUAGCUGCCCGUUUCUUGAGCCCCAUCUUCACCCAGGCCCAUGUUGAUCCAUCCAGCCUGCCAGCUGCUGUAGCGAGUCACAAGACUUGAGGUGCCUUCAUCAGGGCCUGGUUGAAGAAGACAGCCAGUGGACAGCCUCCCUCGGCUAGCUGGGCCAGUUGGGCAGAAAUCCCAGCAGCCCUUACUUCUUGCCCUGGAAAUCAAAGCUCUGCUUUCUCCCCACUGAGACUUGCCUUCCUAAUCCUGUGGGGAUUCCUAAUGGCUGUGGGGAUGGAGCCUGCAACUCUGAGUGUGCCCCAGUGGGCUUUGUGCAAAGGCAGAGAAAGGGCUCUGGGAAAAUGAUACAGAGUAAAACUGAGCAAAAUAUAUUUUAGGCAUGUGGGCUUCAAAUUUAGGCUGUGUCAGAGUGACCCGCCUAAAUUUUCAGCUAUACGUCAUUGUUCAUGUUGGGGGGCCAGUGUGCUGAGGGGCACAUCUUGGUGCUGAGGGUGGAUGUGUGGUCCCGUCUGUGCAUUCUAGAAGCUUCGAGGGACCUCCCUGCUACAGAGUUUCUGUUUGCUGAUGGCUUGGUCUGUGUUCUGAAUUGAGCACAAACUCUGUCCUAUGAAUUCCUUGCAUUUGGGACUUUUGCUUGAUUUCAGUUAUUGGUAGAAUCAUUAGAUCUCAGAAUGACCCAGAUACAGCCCUACUUCUAGGGCAUGGGGAAUCCAGUGAGAUACCAGGCCCUGGCUAAGAUCCAAACAUAUGGACAUUCUCUCAGCAGAAUCUUAAACUCCCCUCAACAGUGCAGCUUUCAGUUAUUAAGGGCAUGGAUGGGAGGUUGGCGUAAUGAAAUAGGAGUGCACCCCCUUGAAAAGUUGUACAUGAAAUUUUUGUAAAUCAAAUCCCCAUCCUUCAUCUUUUAAAGAAAUACCACAGCCAGUCCUUUUGUAAAGUGAAGAAUCCUUUUGUAGAGUGGACUGCCCCCUCCUUUAUUUCUUGCAUCAAUCCACAUGGUGGGACAUGAUUUUCAUAAGCUAGGCCUGCCUCUAACCUGCAUUCCAAGCCCUUGUAACACAUUGCACAGAAGUCCUAUAUAUCUGUCAUUAGACCCUCAAGUCACUCUCAGCCUCUUCCACCAGGUUCUGCCUUUAGUCAGAGGGAACAUUACUGGUCCUCCCCUGUUGUGCAAGAACCCAUCACCCCGGCUGUCAGGAAAGCCCCUCCAACAGUGGCUUUCCCAUGCUGUGAUGAGGCCUCAAGAACAGCUGUAUGCAGACGGGGAAGUGAUCCCUGCUCCCCUCCUUUUCCUUUUAAGUUGUGAGGUCCUCUUCUUGGGGAUGGGGGCAACAUGAACUCUUGGGGCACUCUGACACUCUAUCUCAUUUCAGCCCUCAAAAAUCAUAUUUUGAUGAACGUUAGGACUGGUUCCUUUCCAAUGCUUGGGAGAUCCUUUGAAGAAUUCCAUCCCUCUAAAGAUGGAGCAACUGUCCUAGGUUCUGAGACUAGGCUGGCUUCCAAGUGGAUUAAUUAAGUCACCAUAGCGUGGAUGGGUGGGUGGGUUCUAUGAGACAAUCUGUACAUUCUUUCAGGAACUCAAGCUUCCAGUUCCCUCUUCUCCCAGACUUGCAGGAUAAGUUAUCUCUCAGAGCCUGUGUUUCUCAUAAAUACCCUGUGGUAUGGAUUGAAUGGGAUCAUGAAAGUGGAAGGGUUUUGCGAGCAUAAGUAUCGGUCCUACAGUGGGGUUUUCCUAGCUGAGUCCAGUGGUGCCGUCUUUUAAUUGCCCAGCAUUUGGGUAAUUUGGGUUCUAAACCACUUUGGCCUGAGUUAUGCAGGCUGCCCCCAUUUGCCAGAUUGUCCUCAUUUCUGUCUCAAGGAACAGGAGUGAGAAAGGAAAAGAAGUAUGGGAACAGGGACAGAAAAUGCAAAAUAUAAUGCAACUACCCAAAACGGUCCUGGGGCAGGGAAGAGCAAGACUUCGGGCCUUUGUAAGAACUGAGGAAGAAGAUCCACAAUUUUAAUUUUCAUUUUUCCUUGCUCCCCCCACCCUCCUCCUUCCUUUGCCUUUUCCUCACCCUAUGAAGAAAUGGCAACAUUCCAACAAUAAUAUCUGUACAAAAGGGAGAAAAUGAAAAGUUAAAAAACAAAACAUUUUGAACAGAACAAAAAGGAUGUUGCAUUAUGGAACAUUCUGAGAACAAAGGUGAAUGUAGUGUCCGGAGGGAAUCACAUCUUUUAAGAAAAAUUCUUCGUCUUUUGUUUGUAGUUGAAAAUGACAAGAUGGUACAACCUUUAUCCUUUUCCAAAAAUAAAACAAAGGGCACAGCAUCUAUAGUCAGCCGACAACUAUUUCGGCCUCUUGGGGGUGGGUCUGGUCGUACUUGUGAUGGCGGCGGUACGUGGCCCCCUGCCAGAGGCUUGCCCCCUGCCCGUGUACAUAGUGCCGCGUCUCCGUGGGCGGGCCCAGCACUUUCCGUCAAUGUCGUACUGUAUGUGAUGCAUUGCAUUGGCCUCUGCAUUUUUCUGCAGAAGAGGAGUAGCCGUUCCAGGUACCUUGAUCUUUGAGUAGCCCAGAGGCCAGCACUGUGGGCGUGUGACUCUUUAGCGAAAAAAAACCCAUGUGGGAAUGAUGUGUGUAUAUAUAUAACGAUAUAUCGGGAAGAUUUCUAAAUAAAAGUUUUACAAAGGCACUGGA